AUGGAUCCUCUAAGCAUUAUAGCGAGCACUCUAACUGUCAUCCAGUCGUUGCUGGCUACCUUCGAUACCAUCAAAAACAUCAGGGGUUUACCCGCCGCCUUCAGAGAAGUGGGAAAAAGCCUCCCACUCGUCGAGAACACAUUGCAACUCGCGCAUGAAGCGUUGAAAGCCGAGAAGCCAGACGCAGCGGCUGAGAAGGAACUCAUGCCCGCACUGUUUGAUUGCCAAAAGCGAGCUUCCACAAUACGCGACAUCUUCAAAGACAUCGAGGGCGGCAAGAACCAGGAAAAGGAGGCCAAAGAAUGGUCGGCUCUUGCCAAGUUCUAUCACAACAAAGUUGUACCACUGGGCAAGGCUCACAAAGUCGAAAGCCUGAUGCAGGACAUACUCAAAAAGCUCAAGGUGCUUGCUAUUCGACAGAUCUUCAAGGCAAGUGCGGAGUUGCAGAAGCAGGUCGGCAGCCUUGAGGACGCAAUUCGAUCUUUGUCGGAAGUGGACCCGUCACUCCCAGACUCUGACUUCGAUGCCGCCUCCAACAACAUCUCAAUGAAGAACUACGACAAAGCGAAGGGAUUGGUUUCGACAGGCAGCAAUGCGGACAUUGCGAUGGCGAAUCAUUAUUAUCAAACCUCUGGUGCCACCGGUUCGUUUCCAUCCGACUGA